AUGGCGUCUGUGUCGCUGGCUCUCGAUUGUCGCGCAGUGCUAGGCGAGUCGCCCGUAUGCAAUGCACGUGGCGACGUCUGGUUCGUCGACAUCAACGGUCGCAAGAUCCUGGGCUACGACAGCGUGGCGAACCGCGCGAUUCGCAAAGAGGCCAUUGCGACGCCGCAGCUCGUGGGAUGCGUCGCACCGCGCGCGUCGGGAGGCCUUAUCGCGGCGAUGGAAGACUGCAUAGUAGCAGUGGACACGAGUGAGGGGCAGGUGACAGACACACUCCUCCACCUGCCUGCCCAGUACACAGGGCCUAAAAUACGUUUCAACGACGGCAAGUGUGACCCGGCUGGUCGCUUCUGGGCGGGCACCAUGCACGCCUCAUGGCGCGACCCUGCUCCCAAAGGCAGCCUCUUCUGCGUCUCCCCUGCUGCUGCUGCUGCUUCCACCGCCACCGCCACUGCUGCUGCUGCUGCGCCUGCACUGGAGGUGAAGGUGGAGGGAACGCAGCUGUCCAACGGGCUCGCGUGGUCUGCAGACGGUGCACGCCUCUUCUUCAUUGACUCCGCUCUCAGGACAGUUGACUGUUUUGACUUUGACGCAGCCACAGCAGGCAUCAGCAACCGUCGCACAGUAGUCACAUUCGGCCAGGACGAACCAGGAGUGCCUGAUGGAAUGGCAAUAGAUGCACGGGGGCAGCUGUGGGUGGUGGUGGGGGAGAGCGGCAGCGUGCGCCAGGUGGACCCAGAGACAGGCAAGGAGGUCUCCCGGGUGGCCCUUCCUGUCGUCCGCCCCACGUCCUGCGCCUUUGGAGGCAAGGACCUUUCAGAGCUCUAUGUGACCACACGGGAAGAGACAGGAGCAAGCCCAUCUGUCAAUGCGGGGGGUCUGUUCAAAUGCCAUGUGCCGGGAGUCAAGGGCCUGUCCUUUGCUGAUGCCUUUUCCGGGUGA